AUGUCUCACUGGAAUGUCGGGCCGGAUCCUAAGGAGGGCGAGGUCGUUGCUCUGAAGAAACAAAUAGCUAAUCAAGGUACGGACUCUAUCGAAAGUCAUCGCCCUCGAUUGAUCACUUCAUUGAGUGCUCUCGACAAAGAUAUCCGGUACUCUCAUAUAGAGAGUCAACUAUUGAAGAUCAAGGAGAGCUUUGAGGAAACAAAGGCUGCACUGAGCGAUACCCAUCAGAAGUUACGCACUGAAGCCGACCGAGCACUGAACCUUGAGCAGCGACUAACGCAAAGUGAAGCAGUCUACGAGAAGGAGAAGCUCUUUCGACAGAACGCAGAGACGGCACUCAGUGCUGCCUCUGAGAAGAUCAAAGCAGAGGAACUGAUAGCUAGAAACCUUCAAGAGACCAUUGAAACUCUUGCAGGGCGGGAAAGUGAUCAUAGUUCCGUUGUGGCCUCCCUCCAGCGCGACAAAACUCGGCUUGAAAACCGCGUGCAGGAACUUGAAGCCAAUCUUCAGCAGAUCAUAUCCUCUGCCACGCCCGCCAAGAGUCGCGCCGGUCGACCAAGAUCCUCUGACUUCUCGGACGUGAGGAUCAAGAAUCUGGAACGGGAAUUGAACGAGGCGCGAUCUCUAUCUACCACUCACGAGUCGGACCUCCAGGCUGCGAAGGAGAAGUGCGGACGGAUGCAGACGGACCUUAUCAGGGCGGAGAACGAGAAGUCCGCGCUGGAGAGGAAGAUGUUGGAGGAGGUCAGCACGUUGAAGGAGCACUUGGCAGAGAAAGAAGAGGAGGCGGAGCAGUUGCGAGCUCAGCAAGGAGAUGGUGGUCUUGGAAGGGAGAGGGAAGAGGAACUUAUUCAGAGGAUCGAGGAGGAAGAGGCAAAGGUCCUAGCCAUGGAGAAAUUGGUGCAAAAGAGCGGAAACAUGAAGACCAUGCAAGAUGCUUUACAAAGAGCUGAGAAGAAGUUGGCGUUGGAGAUGGUCAAGACCAAGGCGGGCGAGGAGCGAGCUUCGGAGCUCGUGAGGGAGAAAGAGGAGGCACUGGAUCUCUUGGACUGUACCCGAGUGCAGGUUGAGAAUCUGACUAGGGCCUUGCAGGAAAAAGACUUUCGUAUCGACUUUUUGGAUUCUCAGGAGAGAGAACUUCGUUCUCAGCUCGCACAGGCACGCUCCGAGCAGCAAAAUAACCUUGCGGAAGAGUUCAUCAAGCGUCCUGGGAGCACUACAUUCGAUGAAGGACUGCUUUCCGCCGAUGAUGGCCCCACAUUCCCUUUGCACUCCACCCCGCUUCAUCAUCCAGCAGAGCUCGCACGUGCACGUACACCCUCAGUCCCUCCUCCUGAUGAUGCUGCUGUGGAGAAAUUGCUCUCGGCCAUUGAUCGUCUGAGAGGCGAGCGGGAUGGGUUGCGCCGCGAUCUCGAAUAUCUGCAAGCUGAAUCCAAGUUUACCAUCCAAGCCAUGGAGGAAAAAUUGGCAGCAACUCUUGCAGGUGUCCACUCGACAGACACAAUCGAACAACUUCACGUCGAAAUUAACGCUCUUCGAGAACAACUUUCGAAAGCGUCUCACGGGCAGGCACAACCUGUUCGAAAACCACUCCUCGAGCUCAAAACAACAGCCUCACUCAUCAUGGUUGGCCAUCUACAGUCGCGCCUUGAGGAUCAAGAUAGGGACGCCUACGAGGAGCUGGAGCGUAGUCGUGCUGAAAUGGAUUUGUUGCAUCUUCAACUAGACGACGCUACUUCUGCCAAUGAAGAUCAACAACGUAUCAUCGUUGAACUCGACGAAACGUUGAAUCAAACACAUUCACGCCUCGAGGCUUGCCUGCAGGAUCUUCACAACACGGAGUAUCGGCGAGACGAACUCAUAGCCCGAGUUUCACUUCUCCAAUCCCAGAUCAACGAGCUGAAGGCGGGACACGCACAAACUGAGACCGACCUGCAACAAGCAGAAGAGCAGUUAUCGGAGUAUGCUAGAGUGUACGAAAGCUUGGAGUCGGAACGCGAUUCGCUUGGGUUGCAGGUCAACAAUCUGGAGAUGGACCUUGUUGCAGCUCAAGAGGAUUUAGCGGAGGCCCAGAGGCGUUAUAGCAAUCUGCAAACUCUGCAAUUGUCGGCUAUGUCGUCCGGUGAGGUUACGCGGACGCUGAAGUCGCAGAUUGAGGAGCUGGAGGACCGUGUCCUGCGGCGUACUGAGCUGAUUGGGCUCCAGCAGCACGACAUCAAGCGAUUGGAAGUGAACUUAACGUUGCAGGAGGAUCGAAUCGCGGAGAUGACACAAGAACUAGAGACCGUGAUUACAGAGAAAAAGAGCAUGGUCGAGGAUUGUGCGGAGGCCAGGGAGGCGCGGGACGUGGCCUUGAGGAGGGUAGAAGAUCUCGAGGAAGAAUUGGAGACCUUCGAGGCUCGGCUCGAACGACUGGAUGAGCAGCGCGAAACGGAGACUAUGACCUUGAUCGGUCUAUGGGCAGGGGUCGUAUCCCAAUCGAGAGUCGAGAUCUAUGAUCUUCGGUCAACACUGUACGAGACCCACACAGCAAAUACUGGCCUCCUCGAUCAUAUCGCUAACCAAGAGGAGACGGUCACGGCCCUAUGGGAUGAUAAUCAAUACAAACUAGAAGCUGCCAGGAACGAGUGUGGACUCAGCGAUGAGAGGAGCCGUCAAGCCACAAUUGCUCUUGCCGUUUCUCAACUGGAACUUCGCCGGAAAGAACGCUUCCUCGCCACCCAGCUGGCCCUCCAGACGGGUUUGAAGGACCAGUUUAGAGUGGUGCAAGGCGAACUCGCCAUCAGGGUCACGGAAAUCGAGUCUCUUCGGAAGCAAUUGGAGUCCGUCCGCUCGCAACAAUCUCAGGAGAAUGAGGUCAAAGCCCUUGAACUCCAGGAAAAGCUCGAACAACUCCAGCAUUCUAACGCUGAGCUCGAGCAGGCAUUGGAGACCUCUCAAGCAGAGCUGCAGUCUGUUGUUGGGGAACACAUGGAGCGAAUGCGAGCAAGUGCCCAGGUUCAACAAGAGCUAGAGCAGCUGCGGACCUCGUUUGAAGAGGAAACCAAGCAACUUCAUAAUCGUCUUACUCAAGCUACUACUGAACUACAGGAAAUCCAGCUUGCUCAUGCUGAGGCAAUCGAGGCACAGAAGGCUUCUCUAGAGGAAGUCGUGCAGUCUAGGAAGGAGCUUGAAGGGCAACUGCAAAGGUCUCACGAACAACACGUAGUCGAUCAGCAAUUGGUUGACCAGCUUGAAGCUAUUCGAACAACUCACAGGGAUGAAUUACAGAAUCUCCGCAGUCAACUGGAUCAAGCAGCUCGAGACCUUCAGGAUGCUACACGGAUGAAAGAUGAGUUGGAGGCCUCUCACCACCGCACUAUUGACGAGGCACGCCUCUCCCAAGCGGACUUGGAAGCGAAGCUGUCGAAAGCAUCAGCUGCCACUCAGAUACUGGAGCAGGAAGCCGAUAGGGUCAAGUCACGCCAUGCGCAGGAGCUUGUCGAACUUCAGGAGCGCCUUCAAUUCAGUCAGAGUGAAGCCGCUGAUUUACAAACUAGAUUGAAAGUGGAGAUGGCAGAUCGGAAUGCAUCCAAUGCCGAAUGUCGAACUGUCCGGGAGCAGUACGAGGUUCUUCGGACCGUCGAAGCCGACCUUCGCGAAACUAUUGCUACCUUGCAGAGCAAGGCAAUAGAGACUGACACUUUCCUCCGAUCCUUAGAGAAAGAAAAGCUAAGUCUUGAGCAAGAAGCAACUGGUUUGGAAGCCGCGAUGCAGCGUGGGCUCUCCAUGCAGAAAUUCUUGGAGAAGCAAGUCAGGGACGGCGAGAAUGAGAUAAACUCGUUGAAGGCGGAUUUGAGUCGUCUUCGUGCGGACCACGCUCGUUCGGAACAAGCCUGCAAGUCGGCGCAGAUGGAGCUUUCCUUGAAGUCGGGCCAGCAUGAGCAUGCGGUAUCCUCUUUGCGUCGUGAACUUGAUAUCCUUCGGACCCAUCCUAAGCAGGGAGAUAUCAUUACGGAGCUCAAUGAGAAAGUGCAGAUGAUGGACGAUCUGAUGCGAAGCAAAACUCAAGAAAUCGAGGAGAAUGAUGAUCGAUUUAUUGAACUCCUCAAGGAGAAGAAGAAAAUGACGGCGAAGAUGGAAAAUCUGGCUCGAAAAGUUCAGAGUCUGCAAAACAAGUUGGCUGCCAUUAAAGAUGCCUCUUCUGCACUGCCUCCACAAAAGCUGCAGCCUUCAGCGCCUUCCCGCCAGCCCCAUUCCGCCUCAUCAAUGCCGGUCACCACCGCCGUAGCUGCCUCUCAUGUUUCACAGCCUGUCCUGUCCCAAUCCUCUUCUACCCCCCGAUCGCGUUCGCGUAUGCCACCGGGACCAUCCGUCUUACCUAGACCAAAGACUCCUGACAGUCGACCACCGGUGUUUCGAGCGAAGACGCCCGAGAGUCGUGCUGGUCAUUCAGCCUUUCAGUCCAGAACUCCUGAGAGAUUGAACCCCCCAAUAUUCCAGACGAGAACUCCGGGGCCAAUGAAUUCCAUACCUCAACCCGAUUUCUCCGGUCCCCUCCAAACGACUUCGUCAAUUGGGAAGAAGAGAUCGGCACCGGACGAUCCAGACGAGUAUGCACCUGUGCAGGGUUUCACUGUCGAUGGCGCUUUGGACCAGUCGCGCGGCAUCGAUAGUGCCACACCUCGUAUGCGAAAGAAUUUGCGCACUGGAUUUACGCCUAUUCGCAACACCACCGCCCGCCCGAUGACAACUCUCACUCAUGGGUCUCCUGUGAGAAUGAGCGAUCCUGCUAUUUUGGAUGUCACGAACAGUCCGCGGACAUCAUCGCGUAUUGAACUGAAGGCCGCUAAGCGUGGUUGGUUAGGAAGAAUCAGAGGUGUUUCCUCAGGUCAAUCAUCUUCGAGCCUCAAUUCACAACCACGACUGUCGCGGCCUGGCGUUUUUGAGAGAGCCACUGGUGGACACGCAUCGUGACACGUGAUUGGUGUGCAAGGGCUCGGAUCAUGACAUUUUCACAUUGUAUCAAUAGGUUCUUCGUAUGUUUAUUCAGACCAUGUACUAUAUCUCUAACAUCGCUCCAUGGCUUCUACUUUCG